UUGCAACUUGUAAAGCAAACACUAUGUCAAUGUCUUUCUCAAAAGUAUUUUCCCUCGUUUUACUGGUUGUGCUGGCCAUGUUACAUUCCCCAUUUGAUGUUGCUUCUCUUUCUGUGAAUGAAGAGGCAGAGAUAAAUGCUCUGCUCAAUUGGAAAGCCAGUCUUCAAAAUGAAACACAGUUACCACUGCCUUCAUGGACUCUCCUUCCUAAAAAUGCAACCAAUUCUUCUAACAAUCAAAAUACCACCUCAAUCCCAUGCAGUUGGUUUGGCAUUUCUUGCAACCAAGGAGGAAGUGUUAUUAGAUUAAACCUGACCAACUCAGGCUUGAAAGGUACGCUUCAGGAAUUUCCAUUCUUGUCUCUCCCCAAUCUUGCAUAUGUUGAUCUCAGCGUGAAUGAACUCUUUGGUACAAUCCCUUUUGAAGUUAGUAACCUCUCCAAUCUCAUAUAUCUUGAUUUUUCCUUUAAUGGAUUAUCGGGAGAAAUCCCACCGCAGAUUGGACUACUGACCAAUCUUGAGGUGUUGUACCUAUAUGAUAAUAAACUUUAUGGUUUUGUCCCAUGGGAAAUCGGAAACCUCUCCAAUUUAGUUGAACUUGACCUGAAAAACAAUAGUCUAGCAGGUCCCAUCCCUUCCAGUAUUGGAAACUUAGAAAAGCUAACGUGGCUGCAUAUGUAUAAAAAUCAUCUCUCUGGCUCCAUCCCUCCAGAAAUAGGGAAUUUGACAUCUCUUCUCUCAUUAAGCUUUCAAUUAAACAACCUUUCUAGCUCAAUUCCUUCUUCAUUAGGUGUUCUUAGUAAUCUGACUGUCUUACACCUGAAUGCCAAUCAACUUUCUGGUACCAUUCCUGAAGAAUUAGGAAACUUGAAGUCCUUAAUAAGUCUUCAACUAGACUACAAUCAGUUAAAUGGUACAAUUCCAAUUUCCUUGGGUAAUUUGAGGGACUUAGAAGUUUUAUUCCUCCGCGAUAACCAGCUUUCUGGUCUCAUUCCACAAGAGAUAGGAAAUUUGGUGAAGUUAGCAGUGCUACAGUUGGAUACAAACCACUUCACUGGCUCUUUGCCUCGAAACUUAUGCCAUAGUGGUUCUCUUCAAAACUUUACUGCUUUCAACAACCAGCUUACAGGUCCAAUACCGAAAACCUUGAGAAACUGCACAGGCUUAUUUAGAGUCCGCCUUGAAAGAAACCAACUAUUUGGAAAUAUAUCUGAAGAUUUUGGUGUCUAUAGAAACCUGCGGUAUAUGGACCUAAGUUACAACAGAUUUUAUGGUGAAAUUUCACCCAGUUGGAGUCAAUGCCCACAACUAACCACCUUACGGAUUGCUGGAAACAAUAUUACUGGUGGCAUACCUCCUAACAUUGGAGACUCAAUUCAAAUACAAUUACUUGAUCUUUCUUUUAACCAAUUGGUUGGGGGGCUUCCAAAGGAAUUUGGAAAGUUGACACUUCUAUUGAGCCUGAUGUUGAAUGGAAAUCAACUUUCAGGAGAUAUACCUUUGGAGUUUGGAGCAUUAACAAAUCUUGAACAUUUGGAUUUAUCCUCUAAUAGAUUCAGCAUGUUGAUACCAAAAAAUAUUGGGGACCUUUCGAAACUAAAUUACUUAAAUUUGAGCAACAAUAAUUUUAGCCAAGGCAUUCCAAUUCAAAUGUGUAAUUUAUUUCAUCUGUCCCGACUAGAUUUGAGUUACAACUCUCUCGAAGGAGAGAUGCCUUCACAAAUAGGUGGUUUACAAAGCUUAGAGAUGCUGAACAUCUCCCACAAUAACCUCUCUGGUUCUAUUCCAACAGCUUUUGAAGAAAUGCAUGGCUUGUUGUACAUCAACAUAUCUUACAAUCAGUUGAAAGGUCCUCUUCCCAAUACAAAUGCAUUUCAAGAAGCUCCCAUUGAUGCAUUGGAAGGGAAUAAAGGACUGUGUGGAAAUGUUACAGGAUUGCAACCUUGUGUAGAAGAAAAACAUAUUUCGAAGAGGAGGCACAAAGUCAUUUUCUCAAUCAUUUUCCCUCUUCUAGGAACACUUCUGCUUGUCUUGGCAUUCGUUGGAAUAUUCUUCAUUUUACAAAGAAAAAGGAACAGUCUAGAUAUAGACCAAACAAAUGACGUGCAUGUUGAACAAGUGUUUUCAAUAUCAACAUUCGAUGGAAGAGCAAUUUACAAAGAAAUCAUUGAAGCGACACAGGAUUUUGAUGAUAAGUUUUGCAUUGGAAAGGGAGGAUAUGGAGCUGUUUACAAAGCAACGCUAACAUCCGGAAACAUAGUAGCUGUGAAGAAGCUCCUUCCCAUUCAUGAUGGUGAGAUUGCACAACAAAAAGAGUUCUUCAAUGAGAUAAGGGCAUUAACAGAAAUACGACAUCGAAAUAUUGUUAAAUUGCAUGGCUUUUGUUCACAUUCGCAACACUCUUUUUUGAUUUAUGAGUACUUUGAAAAGGGUAGCUUGAACAUAAUUUUGACUGAUGAUGGAGGAGCUAAAGAAUUGGAAUGGAACAAAAGGGUGAAUAUCAUCAAGAGUGUGGCUCUUGCUUUGUCUUACUUGCACCAUGAUUGCUCACCACCAAUUGUUCAUAGGGACAUAUCAAGCAAAAAUGUUUUGCUGGAUUCUCAAUACCAAGCUCAUGUUUCAGACUUUGGCAUAGCUAAGCUUCUUAAUCCAAACUCGUCCAAUUGGACUUCGUUUGCUGGAACAUACGGAUAUGUUGCACCAGAGCUUGCUUAUACGAUGAAGAUAACUAAGAAGUGCGAUGUGUUUAGCUUUGGAGUUUUGGCUAUUGAAGUGAUCCAAGGAAGGCAUCCUGGUGAAACUAUCUCCAUUUUGUCUACUUCAUCUGUGGGAGAGAAUUUAUUGUUGAAUGAUUUAUUAGACAUACGCCUUUUACCUCCCACUCUUGAGGUUGAGAAUCAAUUGAUACUCAUCAUAAAGUUGGCAAUUGAAUGCUUGAAUGCUAAUCCAGAAUGUAGACCAACCAUGCACAUGGUCUCUCAAAUGUUAUCAAGCUGAACUCUGCACUUUCCUAGAGCCAUCCACGGUCUGACUAGGACAAGAAAGGGUAUGAAUUAUAGAAGACACUAUAUUCUGUCAAAUUUAUGCUGCUGAAGGCAAUGGUUUAUUUAAGAUUAUGUAAUGCCUAGAGUACUACUAGAACUUUAAUUGCAAGUAUUAAUAAAUUGCUUUUGGUAACACA